AGGUGAAGAAUGACAUCAUCCAGAUGAGAGGCAUGGAGCUGAAGGUAUGGGUGGAUGGAGUGCAGCGCAUCGUCUGUGGGGUCACAGAGGUCACCACAUGUCAAGAGGUUGUGAUCGCUUUGGCCCAAGCAAUAGGGCGCACUGGCCGCUACACACUGAUAGAAAAAUGGCGCGAGACAGAAAGGCAUCUGGCACCUCAUGAAAAUCCCGUGGUGUCGCUCAAUAAAUGGGGCCAGUACGCUAGCGAUGUGCAGUUGGUGCUUCAGCGCACAGGCCCGUCCCUAAGCGAACGGCCCACCUCCGACACCUCUGCAAGGGCCCCUGAGCGUAGCCUAUACCGCCAAAGUCUCCCUCCCAUGGCAAAGCUCCGCCCUACGCCCAACGACCGAUCCCUUAAACGGCGUGAACCAAAACGCAAGUCGCUUACUUUCAGCGGUGGGGCCAAGGGUUUGCGUGACAUAUUCGGAAAAAGUCGUGAAGGCGAAACCAAGCAGCGAACAGCGAAUGGAAACCGUUGCAGCACCCCAGCACCUUCGCAGGAGCUCUCGCGCCUGGUGCAGCUGCAGAAGGAAAAGCUGCACGUCCUGGAGCAGAAACUUCAGCGCUGCGAGACUGAGCUUCAGCAGCAGCUGACAGAGGAGGAAGAGGAGGAGCUGGUCCACCUGGAGCAGCAGGUCCGCAGAAAUGAAGCCGAGAUAAACGAGCAGGAAUUCUGGGAGAACGAGCUGCAGAUCGAGCAGGAGAACGAGAGGCAACUGCACGAGCAGCUGCAGGAGCUGCGCAGCCGCGUGCAAGACUGCGAGGAGCAGCUGGGGGAGUACCUGGCGCGCAUUCAGUGCAUGGAGGCGGGGCUUGAAGCAGAACGCUUGCAGCAGGAGCUGAUGGAGACGCGGAUGGCGGACGAGAUGGAGGUGCGAGCGAGGCUGGAAAACGCUCGUGCUGAGCUGGACUUGCAGGUGCAGCAAGCUGCCAGACUGGAGAACAGCUGCAGAGCUGUGGAGCUCUCGCUUGGGCAGUCAAACAUUAGGCUACAGGAGAGAGAGCAGGAGCUGGAACAGUUAACCAAGGAGCUGAGGCAGGUGAACCUCCAACAGUUUAUUCAACAGACUGGCACCAAAGUAACGGUGUUGCCAGCAGACCCAACUGAGGAGGAAGCUAACACAGAGUCUGAAACUCCGCCUGGUUCUCUGAAGCGGCUCGGUUCAGCCCGACAGCUUCCCUCUGACCUACGAGCUCUGCAAAGUCCCCAAAACACAACCUUUAACCCAGAAGGAAUCUAUGUCUGAUUUCCAACAUCAAGGCCAAACGCAUUCUGCUUUUCCUAUUCUUCCAGGUUUAUUUUUCGUUCAUACUUCCUGAAUCUGGUCAUGCUACAGAAAAUAUGAAAGAUUCCUUGAUGGCUGGAUGUUCAACUGAUAAAACCCAAUCAGACUUCUCCAUCUGAAUGUACGCUAAACUUUCACCGGACUCUGUAAGGCCUCACCUUGAACAUGGCCCUUACUAAACCCAUACAGAAAAAAAGACAAAACACGCCGCCUCAGCCUAUGUUCUACCCUUCGACUGGUUGCAAGUCCGAAAAUACAGCAUUAUGAUGUCUUUCUUUCAAGAAUGUUUAUGAAUCUCCAGGUAAACCUCACUCUCAACGUGAUUAUGCAAGCAGUAGAGAAUACAGGGAGAUGGUGAAAGGUCGUUGAGGAUGAUGAAUUAUGCAGCUGAUAUUUUAUGGCUUACAGUCGUGAUGACAGCUUAUAGAGGGGGUGGAGUUUCGCCUUCGUUUGCACUUUAUUGGCCAAAACAUCUGCUGUGGAAUUUUACUGAAGAAUCAUUUUCUGUGUUUGAUAGAACGAACAAGGAGAACAGGUGCAUGUGAUAUGCAAAUACAAAAAAGUAACACUGCGAGAGAGAAAGGAGAGGUGUUUUUGCAUGAAAACAGCUUGUAGCGAUUUUUCUUACCUUCUUAAAAUAAUGCAAAGGAAACGUUUUUUGUGCUGAACAGCUCAUGUAAAACUGAAUUAUGCAGGUACAGUUUGUAGUUACGCACAAGUCCUGAUUUUGCUGGGGCUUUUUUUGGCCAAUAAAUGCAAAUGAUGUCUGACGCAGAAUAUUAUUUUGUCUUAACUUUUGUAUUUCGCUGAUCUACCUGAAAAGCAUAUUUAGAGAUGUCAUUUUCACUUACUAACAAUAUCACUCAGUUCAUUUUUCUGCUUUGUGUUUUUACAGCAGAAACAUUAUUUCUAAUCAAACCAAAGUGUUGUGGACAGCCAUAAAUUCUUGCAUGAAUGUCAAGAUUGGUAAUUGUGUGUAUGCGCAGGGAAGCAGUUCUAAAAUAUUGAUGACAUUAUUUUUGUUUAAUGCUUCACUAGAUGAGGAUGCAUCCCUUAAAAGUGAUAGUUCAUUCAAAAAUAAAGAUCUAUCAUUUACUCACCCUCUUGUCAUUCUAAACCUGUAUGACUUUCUUUCUUCCGCAGAACAACAAAAAAAGAUAUCUUAAAAAAUGACGUUUACUGAUACCCAUUCACUUGCAUUAGUUUUGUGCCAAUCCAAUAGAUGUGAAUGGGGGGCAGUGCUUUUGUUCGGCUACCAACUUUCUUCAAAAUAUCUUCUUUUGGGUUCUGCGGAAAAAAGAGUCAAAGGUUUGAAAUGGGGGUGAGUAAAUGAUGACAGAAUUUUCACUUUAGUGAACUAUCCCUUUAAAGACACAGACACGCAUGCUGAGUGGCUCCAUUUGUUUUAACAUUUACUAAGGAAUACGAAAGAAGCUCUUGGAAGCAUACCUAAGAAAGGCUUGUUAAGUUUUAGGGUGGUACGUUUUGGAUUUGGAUUGACAUUUUUGUAAAUGAAUUAUUUGGUUUACAGUAUUGUUUUGAUUUUGAUCUUCACAGAGGACUGAAUCGUUUGAAUUGUUUUAGCUCUUUGAUAAAAACACAUUCUCCACGUUUGAAAGACGGAUCCGUUUGCCUCCACAUUUACUUUCUGUACAACACAGAUCUUGCACAGAACAGGUGCUCAGUAUGUCAAGCAAAAGGGCAUUUCGGUGGCACAUUUAGAAACUCAGUCAUCUGUAUGAAUAGGGGAAUGUUGAGAAGCAUGCCUUACUUAAAAGUGUAAAUAGCAUAUAACAACAUAUCAGUAGCAAAGGAGACUAUUUUUAACAUUGUUUGAAAAAAGUUGCACAACUCUCUCUCUCUCUGUUGAACUGUUUAAACUGAACUGCUUUAUUUUUAAUAUUGUUAGGCUGCAUGCACUGAGAUCUCUAUGAGCUUGUGUGAGAUACAUGAAGGACUGAAGUUCCACCUGUGGCAUUUAAUACCUAACAGAGCGCUAUUAACACUUUCUAAAGGUGUAACACAACUCAAUGCCAGUAUUAAUAUCUGCGUAACUGUAACAAGUUUGAGGUGCAGGACUGAUGUGUGCGUGUAUGAGCAAAUAACAGUGUGUGUUUCUAUCACCUGCUGUUAAAACUUACGCACACUAAAUUAACAUGUAGCUCAGCUGAAAGUUGUUAAGUUCAGAUGGCAUUCUAUAGUUUUUUUUUCUGGAUCACUGGUUUUGACCUUUAAUGCAGUAUCAAAAUUCCUUUAAGCAAGAGACUUCUACUCAAGUCUAUUUUUAAAGAAUUGUGUUCUCUGAAACAGUUCCUCGUCUAGGGAGGUGUAACAUGCCUGGGAUAAGAAAUGAUUUCUAUGUUGAGAAGUUUAUCGAGCAGGAUAAAAUAUGCCACCAGUGGAAAAGGGGCGGUAACAAUGUAAAAUAUGAAAUAAAUUUAGAAUA